AAAUAAUUUUACAUAAUCAUAGUUGUUUUGUUUCCUAAAUAUUUUAUCUAAAUGUACUACAAUUUUUAACUCAAGUACUGCAUUUUUAUCGCCUCCCAAAUGAUUCAGAUCCUGGUGUCCUGCUUCGUGAAGACCUCACAUUUUGAAGAAUACCUUUGUGUUAAGGAAGCUAUACUUCUGGACCUUCUCAGAGUAAUUCGGCAUCACCGUGCUCGAUUAGCCACUCCCAUUCGCACUGUUCAGAAAAUAUAUAGUGAUUCAGACUUGGAAAAUAUACCUUAUGCAGAUUCUAUUUUUAACCAUGGAGCAGCUUCGAACCGUCCCUUGCUAUUGAUUGAGCCGUCCUAUAAAAUUAAUGGGGAAGAGAGGACAAAAACUCAAGCUCGUCAAGUGCGUGUGAAUGGCGAGGAAGACAGCAAGGCUGUGGCGCGGUCAACACCUGAUAACAUGGUGGAUGCUAAAGGUGAAACAAGUUCAAGUCCUGAUUCUAAAUCUAAAGAAACGGCGUCUACCAGCUCUAAGACUAAAGAUAUCCUGACAUCAGAUAGGAAAUCUGGUGCUGAGGUUGGACAAGCGCUGAAAGCUGAAACGAAGGACCAAAAGGUUGCAGCGGGCCCUUUCUCUGAUCCCAAGAUCAAUAAUAAUGCAACAGCAAAAUCAACAUCAAAAUCUGUCUCUAGGACUGAUUCUGCAUCAAGUACUAACUCCAAAAGUUCACCUGGUUCGUCCCAGAACACCUCUAAUAGCAAGAGCCCUAAAAAGGUAGGCCAAGCAAGUUCUCAUCUGGGCAGUGCAGUUGGCAAUGCCUCAGACUCCUUGCCAGAGUCUGGAGGCGAUCGAUCAGACCCUGUUUCUGGUACUGCUCUAAAACAAGAAGACAUGAGACAACCACCAGUUGUACAGCCUCCUGUAACAAAACCUGCUUUGGAAGAGAAUAUAGUUCUUGGUGUUGCUUUGGAGGGCUCAAAGAGAACCCUGCCUAUUGAAGAGGAGGUGGCGCCUUCACCAAAUCCUGAGGAUGUGAAGGAAUUGGCUGCAUCGCGUAGAGGUAAUGGUCCUCCAGUGUCUGAGAAGGGUAAAAAUGACAUCAAUCGUUCAAACAUUCCAGGCUCAACAACUGGCGAGCAGUCAGAUCAGCGAGACUAAAGAUAUUUAGCCUCUUGUCCCAUCCAGCAUAGAAAAACCGGUCAAGCUUGUUCUAGGAUAAAAUCCUCUGUACACAUGACAUAUAUAUUCAUCCAC